AUGGAGGCGUUACCGGAGUUACCUGAGUGCCCGGUGUGUCUCCAAAACUACGACGGCGAAACCGCGAUUCCGCGAGUACUAUCAUGCGGCCACACCGUUUGUGAAGCUUGUCUUGUAGAGCUUCAGGAGCGAUUUCCGAACACUAUUCGUUGCCCUGCGUGUACUCAACUCGUUAAAUACUCUCCCAAACAAGGUCCUUCUUCUCUUCCCAAAAAUAUUGAUCUUCUUAGAAUCUGCCUCCAGCAACACUCUUCGUCUAAAAUUCGGAAAUCGAAUCAUCAACGGUCCUCGAUUAGUUAUGGCUAUUCCUCUCGGUUUUGGUCUGAUGAGUUUUACGUUGCUUGGAAGGAUUGGAUCCUUCCGAACGAUGCUGUUUCGUUUGACGAGAAUGGUUUUGGUAGGUUUAGUUCGAGUUCUAAGGGUAGGGUUUGUUUCGGAGUUAACCGUGCGGUGAGUAUUGCUCCUGUUGUUACUUUGUCUCCGGUUAGUGAUUCGAAGUUUAAGUUUAGUUAUGUUGCUUGGGUUAUUAAGUGUUUGGAGGGGAUGAAUGAGGUUGUGAGGGAGGGUUUAGGUUUGAUUCUAGAAGCUUCUGUGAGGCAGGGUAGGUUUUGUAGGGUUUAUGGGUUGUGGAGUGAGGUUGUUGUUGGUUCUCUGUAUCUGGUGUGUGAGAGACACAGUGGUAGGAUUUUGGAUAAGUUUGGUGGAUUGAGUGUGAAUGGGGAUGGUUUGGAACUGGAUAAAGGCGGGGUUUUUAGUUUUGCGACGAUUGCUAAGGGUAUGGUUGAAGCUGUGAUUGCUUUGAAUUUGGAAGGUUUGGUUGCUGGAUGUUUGGGACUUUCCUGCUUCUCGUUUGAUGAACUUGGUGGUGUUUGUAUUGAUUUGAAUGAGGUGUUGGUGAUGGGAAGGAAGGUUGUGGAUCAGGUUUCUGGUGGUGUGGGUGAUGAUCACAAAGCCAUGUGUACUGAUUGUUUGAAUAAUGAGCUUUUUAUUAGCCCGGAGGUUUUGUCUAUGUUAUUGCACAAGGGGAUUAUCAACCCAGAGAGUGGAGAUUCGAGAUAUCCAAUUGGUUAUGGCUCAGAUGUGUGGUCGUUGGCUUGUGUGUUACUGCAGCUUCUUUUUAGAAAUGCACUCCCUGGGAUUACCUUGCAAAUGAGUGAAGAGAGUGGCCUUGAUGUUUCAGCUAGUUACAUUUCUUGGGGGGAGAAAGUUUGUUCUGUUUUGGAAGAAAAAAUUGGUUCUGAAAACCUAUCGCUUAAACAGACUCUGUCCAAAUGUUUGGACAUCGAUCCUGGAAACCGUCCUGAUAUAGUGGAUGUAAGGAAAUGUAUUCAAGAUGUGCUGGUGAAACAUCAAUUUGGUUUUUUGGGAGAUACAGAGGUCACAGUAAAUAGGAACAACACAGGUCACCCUGUGAUUCUUGCUAAGUUGUGUCAGUUGCUUCAGGAAAGAUCUAAGGCAACGAGAGAUCAUGAGUUGAAGGCGAAAGUAAAUGGCAGUCAACCUGAGUUUCUUCAAAGUGCUGAAAAUAUAUCUGAUGAAGACUUCGCUGCUAGCAUAUCUCAAGGAAUGACUGAGCUUAAAGAUCUGCAAGGCCAUCUUGGUUCUAUCACUGGUUUAGCUGUAGGAGGGGGAUAUUUGUUUAGCUCCUCUUUUGAUAAAACUGUCCGUGUAUGGUCCUUGCAGGACUUUUCUCAUUUACAUACAUUUAAAGGUCAUGAGAAUAAAAUUAUGGCUCUAGUUUAUGUUGAUGACGAAGAAUCGUUGUGUAUAAGUGGUGACGGUGGUGGGGGCAUAUUUGUGUGGGAGAUUGCUGCAUCUCUUAGGCAAGAACCCUUGAGGAAAUGGUAUGAGCCGAAGGAUUGGCGCUUUAGUGGUAUCCAUUCGAUGACUGCUUUCGGAAAUCUUCUCUACACUGGAAGUGGAGAUAGAACAAUAAAAGCUUGGUCAUUAAAGGAUGGAACUUUGAUGUGCACAAUGGAAGGCCACAAGUCUGUAGUUUCCACACUUUCAGUAUUUGAUGAUGUUCUUUACAGUGGUAGUUGGGAUGGAACUAUCAGAUUGUGGAGUCUUAAUGAUCACAGCUCGUUGGCGGUAUUAGGGGAAGAUUUGCCUGGAGAGAUGAAGUCUAUCCUGGCUAUUACUGUCAAUAGGAAUUUGCUGGUUGCAGCAUAUGAGAAUGGAUGCAUAAAGGUUUGGAGUAACGACGUGUUCAUGACUUCCAAAACAUUGCAUAGUGGUGCCAUUUUUGCUAUGAGUAUGCAAGGAAAAUGUCUCUAUACAGGAGGUUGGGACACAAACGUUAAUAUACAGGAAUUAUCGGGAGACGAGUUAGAACUGAAUGUCAACACAUUUGGAUCCAUUCCUUCCGGUUCUGUUGUGACAGCUAUAUUAUGCAGUCAAGGAAAACUUUACGUUGGAUGUGGUAACAAGUCUAUAAAGGUGUAUGGUGCUAAAUAG